AUGGAGGUGGUGUACAAAAUGGAGAAGAAGCUGAGUGAGCUGGCCGAUUUGGUUGAUUUUGUAUCAGAAAAGUAUGAUAACCUAGUGGAGUACCAGAAGUCGACCGAAACAAAAAUAAAAUCCUUAGAAAACAUGAAUGCUCACUUGAUCAAGUGUAACAAAGCACUGGAAGAACGUGUGAAUGAGCUGGAAGAGAAAGACAAGGAAAAAAAGGUGGAAUUAGUUGGACUGGAAAAGAAGGAAAAUGAAGAUGUAGCGAAAAUAAUAAUCCAGGUAGCCAACAAACUCCAUAUGGAUGUUAGCCAGAUUGAGCACGCAGAGAGGGUAGGCCGUAUAAAACCAGAUGCCGACAAGCCACUGCCAGUAGUUGUAACGCUGAGAACGAAAGAGGCUCGUGAUAAGUGGAUUAGAAGUCGCAAAAAACUUCUGACCAAUGGCGAAAUUUAUGGUACAAAUAACGACAACCGUAUUUAUAUAAAUGAGAAUCUCACUAGAUAUAAAAGGAACCUUUUAUGGGUUACUAAAAAUCAGCUUAGGAAAACCUACAAGUACAUUUGGGUACAGGAUGGAAAAAUACUCAUAAGAAAGAGUGAUGAACAGAAGAAAAUAAUGUCAAUUAAGAGUGAACGUGAUAUUGAAAAAUAUAUAGAAAACAAUUUAAAUACGGCAACUAGCUAG